AGUGCUCCAAACACUGCUACACAGUGAGUCGCACUCGCGCGCACACACGCUUCCCCUCCUUUCUGCAUCAUAGUCCGCGGUUACCAUCAAACGUUCACGUAAUACUCCCGUGAAUACGCUGACUUGUUGGAAACGCUCGAGUAUCUUAUAUCUCUGUGAUAGCACGCUGGGACAUCAGUGGAUGCAUCCAAAGAAAAGUGAAGCCGCAGUCAAAUACUCGAAUAUUACGCAAAGACUUGGAUUACCGAGUACCAGUUGACUUCGUUGAAGGUUGUGUUGGCAAGAUAUUCCCCGGCUAGGGCACGAGCUGCCAUGCCAUUUGGCUGUUUGACACUCGGGGAGAAGAAGGAUUACAACAGUCCCUCAGAGGUGACCGACAAGUAUGACCUCGGACAAAUUGUUAAAUCAGAGGAGUUUUGUGAGAUAUUCCGGGCGAAGGACCGGAACACCUUAAAGAUGUACACAUGCAAAAAGUUCCACAAAAAGGAUGGAAGGAAAGUCAGGAAAGCUGCCAAGAAUGAGAUUAAGAUCUUGAAGAUGGUAAAACAUCAUAACAUCCUUCAGCUGGUUGACGCCUUCGAAACAAAGAAAGAGUACUUUAUUUUCCUGGAGCUCGCUACAGGCAGAGAGGUCUUUGACUGGAUCUUAGAUCAAGGCUACUACUCAGAGAGGGACACCAGCAAUGUUAUGAGGCAGGUGUUGGAAGCUGUAGCUUACCUGCACUCUCUGAAAAUCGUCCACAGAAACCUUAAGCUGGAGAACUUGGUCUACUUUAAUCGCUUGAAGCACUCCAAAAUUGUUAUCAGCGACUUCCAGUUGGCAAAACUGGAAAAUGGACUCAUUAAAGAUCCAUGUGGGACUCCUGAAUAUCUUGCCCCUGAAGUGGUGGCGAGACAGAGAUAUGGAAGACCCGUGGACUGCUGGGCCAUAGGUGUGAUCAUGUAUAUACUUUUGUCUGGGAACCCUCCUUUUUAUGAUGAUGCUGAAGAAGAUGACUCUGAUAAUCGUGAUAAGAAUCUUUUCCUAAAGAUUUUGUCAGGGGAUUAUGAAUUUGAUUCCCCAUACUGGGAUGAUAUUUCAGACUCUGCCAAAAGCUUAGUGGCAUCUUUAAUGGAAGUGGAUCAAGAUCAGCGAUUGACGGCACAAGAAGCCAUAGCCCAUGAAUGGAUUUCUGGCAAUGCUGCCUCAGAUAAGAACAUCAAGGAUGGUGUUUGUGCACAAAUUGAAAAGAACUUUGCCAAAGCCAAGUGGAAGAAAGCUGUUAGAGUGACUACUCUCAUGAAGAGACUUCGAGCAUCUGAGCAGGGCGAUUCUGGGGCCACGGGGGCUCCAGCUGACCCCAACGCACCAAGCGGUGCUCCUGCUCCUCCAGCAGGUGGCAGCGACGGCGUUGCCGCCAACAUGAAAGGUGGUUGCAGUGAAAAGGCUCCGGAAACACAGACUGCACUCUCCCUGCUCAGUGCAGCCAGACAGGAAGAGCAGGCAAGGUGCAAUGGUGAUGUUCCUCAAAUGUUGCCACAGAGAAAAGGAGACUAGGCCUCAGUCAAACACGUAAGGAGGAGCAACAAUCACAUGUGCAGUACAGCCAAUAAAUCUGGCAUCAUGAUAUUGUGUCUUUGCCGUCUAAGUUUACCCCCAGUUUGCAGAAUUAAUCCACAACUCACUUUCAUCGUUUUGCAUUAUGUAAUGAUUAGUCUUUUCAAUAGUGUUCGCCACUCUCCCUUGUUUUGUUGCAAAGUAGGUCUUCUGUUGUGUUUGUUUUCCUUGAGAACUAUAAAAAACUCACAGCGUAGUUUAGUGAAAUUAACUCAACUUUAUUCAUCAUGCCACUGUAUAUAGAUAUAUUUGUCUUUGUUUUGGCAAAUUGCUACUUUAGCUUCAGAACUUCAGAAUCCUCAGAAUCCUGAGUUUAUAUCUUGUGGCCUAAAAUUAUGAGUUGGUAAUUUAACAAUACUAAGGUUUAUUUCAAAAUAAAUAUAUAGAGUUGUAUUUAAAAGUCUCUCCAAAAUAGACAGCAACACACCAUCUCACAGGAAAUUGAAUAUAAAACUAAAAGUCCAAAUAAAUAUUUUUCAGCCGUCUUAAAGAUUUCAAACUUGUACAAUAUGAGUGGUAUUCAAAUAUUUUAUAAGACUGUGUAAAAAUACAGUGGAUUCAAUUUGACACCAUGACUACUGCCGCGCAACUUUUGACAACUUAGAAUUUUAAGGCAGCAAGAAAGCAUAUGUUUUAAGUUAAAGUGCCUUAAUAUUUGUUGCAGUCAUGUACGAAUAUGUUUCAAGAGGAACAACUUGAUUACAUAUGCUUACUAAGUUCAUUGAAAUGUUUUAGCUGUUUUAUUUGCGCCUCCGUUUAGAGUCUUUAGCCGCUGUAUUGAUAAUUGUGUUCCGUCCUCUUUGACACUUCAUUUAAAACACUGAAAACUAGAUGUAGAGCAUUCUGUGUGGAGUGAUGUUUUAGUUGUUAUUGUGUUGUAACUCGUAGCUAGUAAAACUCAGAGUUUAUGGCAGAGUCCAUAUUCUGUACGACUAUGUAUAUUUGAAUUGUAUGUGCAUACAUGUGUAUUUUUUUUAAUUGUGUGUAUUUGGCGACCUUUAGCUGAGCUAACAAGUUGCUACAAUGUUUGUGAAUGAAUAAAAUGAGCAAUACUCCUGUUGCUGAAA